CCCACCUUCCCCACGGCGAAUUCCAUUUCUCGCUUCGCUUGCUUCCACAACUCGCUUUCUUCAUCUUCCCCCCUCUUUCCUCGCCUCUCGGUAACCGCCGUAGCCAAGAACCUGACCUCACCUUCUCCUACGGCGGCACCGGCGGCUAGUGCUGCGCCGGCGUCGCGUGAGAUGGAAAACUGCAGCGGCGUCGUCGUCGGCGGGAGCUGCAGCAAGAAGCCGUUCCAGUUGGCGCGGUCGCUGACGUACCACCACCACCAGGGGCACCGGCCGGCGGCGGCGUCGACGGCCAAGUGGCGGCGGUACCAGCUCGCGGACGAGCCGCGCGCGCAGCGGCCGCAGGCGGUGGUGCUCUACACGACGUCGCUGCGGGGCGUGCGGCGCACGUUCACGGACUGCUCCGCGGUGCGCGCCAUCCUGCGGGGGUUCCGCGUCGCCGUCGACGAGCGGGAUGUGUCCAUGGACGCCUCCUUUCGCAGGGAGCUCCAGGCGCUGCUCGCCGUGCGCGGCCGCGCCUUCUCCCUCCCGCAGCUGCUAAUCGGCGGCCGCCUCGUCGGCGGCGCUGAAGAGGUGCGGCAUCUGCACGAGACCGGUCAGCUCCGGCGGCUCCUCGACGGCGCCGCGGGCCAAGACCCGGCCUUCGUCUGCGACGCCUGCGGCGGUGUCCGUUUCGUCCCCUGCACCGGCUGCGGCGGCAGCCGCAAGGUCUUCUUCGAGGAGGAGGACCGCGUCGUCCGAUGCGGCGAGUGCAACGAGAACGGAUUGGUACGCUGCGCUAACUGCUGUUCUUGAUCGCGCUAACGGAGACACGAUCGUUCCAUUCCAUUCGAGCUGCUAAUUGAAUGAUUAGAGGUUGUAGAAUCAACAAAAAAGAAAGAGCCUUUUGGUUUCCUGGCGUGGGAUUUGUGUGUAUCCGAUCAUUUUGAAGAUCGGAUUUGCUUCUCAUGGAGAAUGAGGACAUGUUGUUCUUGACUCCUUGCUGCAAAAUUGCCAUAUGGUGAUGGUGAUUCGAGAAUAAGAACCGGGUUUCUAUAGUUCUAUAUAUAUGUAUAUGAUGUACUUAUUAAAGAUUGACACUGUUGUUAGUGCAAUUAAUGUAAAUACUAAAGUUUGGGGGUGCU